CAGCGGGUUCACAAUCGUCACUUUCGGGUGGCCUUUCGUCUUUCUCCAACUAACGGAGAAUUAUUAAACCGCCUCUAGAAGUGGACUUACACAUGAUACGUUAUUUUGACAGCUUAGAUAAAGGGCUUGGGGUAUAUUAUAACAGGAAAUGAUAAUACUGUCUUGCACCUGAUACCAAAAGUCAUACAGAGGGUUGUUUCAUUCGCAACUUUAGAGUGGACGUUAUUAACUCUACAAGCCGAGUAAUAGCUGAGGAAGACUGCACAAUGGCGGCAACUUUUAAUAACCCUGUCAUAUCCGGCUUCAACCCGGACCCUUCGGUCAUUCGGAUUGGGGAGGACUAUUUCCUGGUCACCUCCACCUUUGAAUACUUUCCCGGAUUGCCAAUCUAUCACAGCAAAGACUUAUUGAAUUGGAAAUUGAUUGGCCAUGGUCUGACCAGGAGCAGUCAACUCAAUUUGAGGACUGUUGAGCCGUCUGGAGGAAUCUGGGCGCCGACUAUUAGAUACCACAAAGGGAGAGUUUACCUUACGACCUGCAAAUGGGACCGGUAUCGGCCAAAGGAUGAUGAGCGAAUCUUCCCGAGAGGAUUCUACGUGUUCACUGAUAAUAUCUGGGAUGACAACUCCUGGUCCGAUCCCGUGUAUUUCGAUAACCCAGGCUUUGAUCAAGAUUUGUUCUGGGAUGACGAUGAUAAGGUGUACCUCUCUACCACUGUUCGCAUUGCCAACAGGCCCGUGGGCAGCAAACUAAAGGACUUUGCUAUCCACGUCUCUGAAAUAGAUCUCAUCACAGGGCGGACCUUGACGGCACCGAAGGUGAUCAGAGCUAGUCCGCACGGUAUUGCCGAGGGGUCGCACAUCAUCAAGCGUGGCAAGUAUUAUUACCUGUUCACAGCAGAAGGAGGAACCGAGGCUGGCCAUCAAGAGUGGGUGUUGAGGAGUGAGGUUGGGCCUCUAGGUCCGUGGGAGCUUGGGCCAGUGAACCCGCUGUGGUAUAACGGGACCGAAGAGGAGGUGCAGAGUACCGGGCACGCAGAUGUGUUUGAGGAUGCCAAAGGGGAUUGGUGGGCUGUGUUCCUUGGUGUUAGGCCACGGUUGUGUGAAAAGGAAUGGCUGGACUCUCCAUUAGGAAGAGAGACAUUUUUGGUGAAGGUCAUCUGGGAGAAUGACUGGCCUAUAUUCAAUGGUGGUAAGAAUAUCACAAUUGCGACGGAAGGGAGGCACACAGGACAGCUUGCUCCCGCAAAUGUAUGGAACGCAGACCUGGAAAAGUCGACUCUCGAACUAGGCUGGUACCAAAAACACACACCCUUGAAGCAGGAGUGGUCUCUAUCUGAAAGGCCUGGCCAUCUCCGCCUAUAUGGUAGUUGCUAUCCCCUCUCCAGCGCUGAAGCCCCAACGCUGCUUCUCCGGAAACAAACUACUUUCCAGCAGCGUUUCCAGGCCGUACUCAACUUCCAACCGAGCAAGGCAGGGUACGAGGCUGGUAUUGUUGUUUGGUAUAGUUUGUUUUCUUAUGCCAGCAUCGGAGUAACCAUUGCGUCUGAAGGACCGGAUGCUGGAAAGAGAGUCUUGCUGUUAAGAUCUCCAACAGACAAGAUUGGUGUAUUGACCGAAUCUAUGUAUCCUCUCGGCCCAGAAGGACAAGUAACCUUGGCUAUCCAAGGAGAUGGCCUUCAAUAUACGCUAAGUUACAAUGAGGAAGGGAAAGACGACUCAAAAUUGCUAGCAUCAGUGCAAAGCAAGUUGUUGACCAGAUCGCCGCCUAUUGGAGGUGCCUUUACCGGCGUUAUGUUCGGAGUCUACUCCUUUGGCAAGAUGGAGCCUGUCUUGGAUCCCGCCGACUUCUCCAAGAUAUCUUUGGAGGCGGUUUGAUAUUAUUAGGGGGAACUGGUCAUGAUAGAAUGUAGUUGCGGGUUCAUGUGCUGUACUUUGUGAUUUGUAUAGAUUUCUAGUUUCUAACUUUUAGAUUGCCCAGAGGUAGCAG